AUGGAAUUCAUUCGCCUGAAGCUGCUGGAGUGGCUAGAGUGCCUAAGUUUGCUUGACAUGUUACCCUUUGCGGCAAAGUCAUUGAAAAUCCUGGCAGUUUUGGCCGGGGACAAUAACCCAAUCCUGAAGAGGAUUGUCUACGACGCCAAUCGGUUUUUGUUGCACCACUAUCCGACCAUUUCAACUUGGCCUUUGCAAAUAUAUAGCUCUGGUAUUGUCUUUAGCCCUGAGACGAGUGUUGCUAGAGCCAAGAAUAACCUGGAAAAAGUUCCUGUGUGGUUGAGAAGACUUCCGCGUGGUCCAACUGCUUGGGAUCCACUGGUUCAAACACUUCAAGGGCAUUCAGGAUCGAUUACUGCUGUGGCAUCCUCCCCAGAUGGCAAGAAAAUUGCAUCUGCAUCUGAAGAUCAUACAGCAAUAUUAUGGAAUACAGAAAUUGGCAGUGAACAUAGAGCUCUAACAGGCCACACAGGCUCACUUACCGCUCUAUCAUUCUCUCCAGAUUCUCAACAGAUUAUCACAGCAUCGAAAGAUCGAACGGUGCGGCUCUGGGACGUCUCAACAGGGAGUACUCUGAAUACCUUUGAGUGUUACGCAAGUUCGGUAACAGCCUUAUCGUUCUUCCCAGACGGCAAAAAGGUCAUUUUAGGUUUCCACGAUCGCACAGUCUGGCUAUGGGAUUUAAUAACGGACACUUGUGAAAUUUCACCUUCUAUCCAUCUAGAACCAGUGAAUGCUGUGACCUUGUGCGCAGAUGGCAGUCAGGUUGCAUCAGUGUGCAAUGCUAUGGAAUUGUGGCGAUGGGACAUGAAAAGUGAUCCAGACUCACCGGACUGGCCAGACUAUGAAGUAGUCGAUUCCCUUUUUCAUGGAUUCCCUCAUCAGAUUGCGAUCAUGAAAUUCUCACCGGAUGGUCUGUUUCUUGCAUACGAGGAGCCUCUAGGUCGCAUUACCAUAUGGAAUACUGAGCUUCGGGAGCUCACAGUGACCUUGACAGAUGAAUAUGGGCUUUUCCAAAUAAAUAUUUCUCCCAUUCAAUCUAUCAGCUCUAGCAUUCUCAGCGGAUGGCAAAUAUCUCGCAUCGGCCUGCGGAACAGGAUACAUCAGGAUAUGGGACGCGAAGUCUCAUGCGUUGGAAUAUACCGACAGGCAGUCAAGAGCUACCUUUCGCAGGACGUCCAGGGCCGGCGGACUGUGUGGCAUUUUCCCGCGGAUGGCACGUUGAUUGCAUCAGCCACUAGUUUCGGAGUGUAUCUCUGGGAUGCUGCUACCGGGACUCUGCAGAGGAAUCUAGAUCGGCUAGAUAUCUUUAUUUCAUAUAGAACUGUCUCAUUCUCAGCAGACGGCAAGAAGAUCGCAGCUGCAUCUAACUACGAACUACGUGAAUACCAUGAUUUGCCCUCUACAGGAAUAAGCAAAGUUUCGAUCCUUGCGUUCAUUCAAUUUUGGGAUGUGACAACAGGUGUUCGGCAAAUAAGGGCCGAAGGUUCUCUACAGUCCUUCACUGCGCUAGUAUUUUCUCGGGAUGGCAAGCAACUCGCAUCUGGCUCCAGCAACGGCACAAUCGAAUUAUGGGAUGUAGCAAACGGAAGGCCUAUAAAGGAAUUCAGUGGGCAUUCAGGUUCAGUGACUACUAUAGCAUUUUCAUCGGAUGGCAAGAUGAUCGCCUCAGCGGGUGCUGAUUUAACGCUGAGGCUCUGGGAAAUUGACUCUGUCUUGGAUUCCAUACCGCUCGUCAGAAAGGUUUUCGUUGGACUUUUGCACUUAAAUGGAAAAUGCAUGUUCGAUCUUCCGGAACGCGUACGGACUUUGAGAUUUUCACCGGAUAACAUGCAGCUUUGGACGGAUCUAGGCUGCGUUGAACUGGGAGCAUCUCCUGCAAUUCAGUCGAAUAUCAAUUCGGGUCUGCCAGUGCAUCUAUUCGUAAGAGAUGGCUGGAUAUGCUACCGAUCUCUCAGAAUAUUGAAGUUUCCAUCUGGGUACGUGAACUCUUCAUUUGAUGUGUGGGGAAAUCGUAUGGCAGUAAAUUUCACAAACGGCGAGCUCUUGAUAUUCGAGUGUGAUUGUGGUCUGUUGUCUACUUUGAUGCUUAGCCAAUGA